CUGAAUAGUUUGCCUCUCUCAAUCCUCUCCCGCUUCUUCUUCGAGAAGCCUCUCUUUCAUCCGAACAGAGGGACGCCUUGAAGGGGUUCGUUCUCGAUGGACGCGCAAGUGCUCGUCGCCCUCGCGCUCUCGCUGGUAGGCGGAUUGAGCACCUCGAUUGGUGGGCUUUUGGUGAUUCUUAGUAAUGCUCCCAAUCUUAAGAUGAUCGGGAGCUUACAGGGUUUUGCUGCCGGACUUAUGAUGAGCAUGUCUUUUUUCGAUUUGGCACAUAAUGCUAUGAAUUCCCUUGGUUUCUUUAGAGGCAACAUCUGGUUCUUUGUAGGUGUUUUGUUCUUUGCUUCUGUCGUCAAUUUCAUCCCAGAACCAAGUGUUCCAGGAACUUGUAAGGAAGAUGGUGAUGGAUCAGUUAAGGACAUGAUCAGGAAGCACCACCGCCAAGUCUUAUUUAGUGGAAUAGUUACUGCAGUUGUUGCAGGAAUUACUGUGCAUAACUUUCCUGAAGGAAUGGCCGUUUUUAUUGGAACAACCAAGGGACUUCGAAUUGGCAUUACAUUCGCACUGGCUAUUGCUCUUCACAAUAUUCCUGAGGGUGUUGCUGUUGCUCUUCCUGUCUAUUAUGCCACGGAAAGCAAAUGGCAGGCUUUCAAAUUGGCAGCACUUUCAGGUUUUGCUGAACCUCUAGGUGUGAUAAUCAUAGCUUAUCUUUUCCCAAGAAAUCUAAAUCCUGAAAUUCUUGAAGGGUUGCUUGGAUCAGUGGCUGGCGUGAUGGCUUUUCUCACAUUGCAUGAAAUGCUACCUAUAGCAUUUGACUAUGCAGGUCAUAAACAAGCUGUUCAAGCACUUUUUCUUGGCAUGGCUUUUAUGUCUGUGAGUUUGUAUUUCUUAGACAUCAGCCUCCCAAAGGAGAUGAGAUUGUAGCUGUGGUCGUGGUCUACUCUGUGUUGUAAUCAUAAAAAAUUCCUUGUAUAUUGCAAAUCUCUAGACAGGUUCUUCAUUUAUCGAUACCAAAUUUAUUUAUUGUGUACAAUUGUAUUUUUUAUGUAUAAUGUUUCUUUUACUAUCAUUCUC